CAUCACUGCUGCCGAAUGAGGAGCAGUUCUGUUAGCUAAACAUUAAAUAUUUUGUUUGCGUUUUUAAAGUAAGUUCUGAAAAUGCCGGAUGAGGAUGCGGAACCCGCAACUGUGUCAAUACGGAUUUGCCUGGAGGGGCAUGCUAAUGCCUUAGCACUGAACAAAGAUCACAAUCAAAUCGCUGUUGCCGGUCGCAGUUUGCUCAAGGUUUAUGCAAUUGAUAACUAUGAAUUCACGGAGGUGGGCAACAUGCGUGGCAAAAACCAGAAUCUCAGCUAUUCGUCCAAUGAUGUGGCCUGGAGCACGUUGGACAGCAAUAUUUUGGCCACGGCUGCAACCAAUGGUGUUGUAUCCGUUUGGGAUUUGUCUAAGUUUGGCAAACAGAAGCAACUACACGUCUAUAACGAGCAUGAGCGCACGGCGCACACAGUUACCUUUCAUACCAGCGAGCCAAUACUGAUCUCUGGCUCCCAGGACGGCACCAUAAAGUGCUUUGAUUUUCGCACAGAUAAGUCGGUCAACACCUUCUUUAGCAACUCGGAGUCUGUGCGAGAUCUCAAAUUCUCGCCACACUCGCAGAAUAUGUUCUCCGCCGUGUCGGAAAAUGGGACAGUGCAGAUUUGGGAUUUACGCAAAAUUGACAAGUGCAUGGUGCAGUUUACGGCGCACAGUGGUCCAAUCUACACCUGCGACUGGCAUCCCACUCGUAACUGGUUGGCCACCGGAAGUCGUGAUAAGCAGAUCAAAGUGUGGAACAUGGAUGCCAGGGCCAGUCUCGAGUAUACCAUUCACACUAUCGCUGUGGUGGGACGUGUUAAGUGGCGUCCAGAGCGUACUUAUCACAUAGCCAGCUGUGCUUUGGUAGUUGACUAUAGCAUACAUGUGUGGGACAUACGUCGUCCAUAUAUACCGUUUGCAUCAUUUAAUGAUCACACAAAUGUGACAACAGGCAUCACCUGGCAAGGCAGAGACUCACAUUGCUUGCUGUCCACCAGCAAGGACUCCAGCUUAUAUAGGCAUGCUUUUAAGGAUGCCACACGGCCAGCAUUGAAGGCCAAUGCUCAGGGCGCCAGUCUGGGCAGAAAUGGUGACAUAUCAUUUGCCAAUAAAAUCAAGGAAUAUGCCACAAAGUCUAGUGGCGCCUCCAACACAAAAUCAUCUAACUUUAUUAGUCGCCGCAAAUCGAUUGUGCCUGGCAAUCUACAAUUCCACUUGGAUCAUUCCAAGAUGUACAUGUUUAUGCUCAAGAAUACGAGCCUGAGCCCCAACUUAGACUUUGUGGCAGAGGAUACCACAAAUGAGCUACGCGUGCAUGAAUGCUUUAUUGGUUGCGCCAAGGAGUUGCUCUUAAGUGGCCAAAAGUUAGCAGACCUAUGCGAACGUAAUGCAGAGGUUUCCAAGAAAUAUGGCAAACAUAAUGCCACCACUUUGUGGAACUUUAUCAAGCUGUUCUAUGGCAGCAAUCACUUUGAGCCACCCUUUGAGCAUAGGUCUUCAUUCUCGAACCAAAAGAAUCCUCUCAAUGCACGUCGUGCACUACAAACAGCUAGCGAGGAGCUCGGUCAGGAUUUGAAUGGUGACGAAGCUCCGCAUGAAAAUGUUGCCGACAGCGAGGAUGCAGAUGAUCUCGGCGGUGUUGGCCAACAACAGCCACCACCUACAAGCUCUGUUAUACUGUCUGAGACGCAAAUCAUUAGUGAGAUUACGUUUGAUAACUUUGAGCUUUUGCGCAAUGGUUUUAUAUACGUUGGCCCAGCCGAUGUGACAAAAGCGUUGGCAUUUCCCGAUACCGCACUUCAUCAUGAUGUGCAAGCGGCACGACCCCAGCUAGACUUAAAGGUCUCGGACCAUGAGAAAUCGCCGCCACCGCAUGUGCCCAGCAUACUGAAAGUAUCACAUAUUCCGCCUAUACGAAUGUGGGAGCCACAUCAGUUUGUAGCAGAUGCACUAAUGCUGCAGAAUGAUGUGGGCGAUGUGCAAACCGCAUUAACUGUGCUUAUUGCCUUGGGUGAUGCUCGUAAUUUGCUGCCACUUGAGGAUAGGAUCAUUGAGCACUGGUUCCACACAUAUGUAGACCAACUGCAACGCUAUGAGCUGUGGAACGAGGCUUGUGCAGUUAUUAAUCGCGCUUGGAUGCGCUCAGUGCGACAGUUGAACCAAGCCUCAACUGUGAUGCACACAAAUUGCGGCGAGUGCGGACGACCACUGGGCGGCAAUGUGGGCUGGUAUUGCGACAAAUGCAGAUCAAUGCAAUCGGCCAAGUGCUGUGUGUGUGGCCUAAUUGUGCGUGGCUUCUAUGCCUGGUGUCAGGGUUGCUCGCAUGGCGGUCACAUUGAGCACCUGCAGCAGUACUUUGCCAAGCAUGCCAAGUGCCCCAAAUGCGGACACUUGUGCGCAUAUUCCUGACAGCCAAUUUAGCUUAGUGAUAGUUGUAAUUAAGCACACUUAAUUGUUGAAUAGUUAUUAGUAGUAUAAUGUAUUUGUUGUAAGAAGUUAUAGCUACUUGAUGAACGUGCUCUUGAAGGGCAGUAUGACAACAACCUUUAAAGGGCGUGGCCCACAUAUUCAGUAGCAGAAAGGAGAGAAAAAAGUA